CAAGAACUCCACACCAUGUUUGUGUAAUUGUUUUUGUAAAAUUCGUGUUCAUUUUUCGUAAUUUUUUUUCAAAACAUGGGAGUCAGUGGACUCACAAGCUACAUUUCCAAAAAUGUACCACACAUCAAAGUAAAAGUGAAAAUUUUAGACGAAAUCAAGGAAUUCAAAACGAAGCACAACAAAUCGCCGAUAAUUCUCAUUGACUUUUCCGUCGUAACUCACAUGCAAAGCUCAAAUUACAUGGAAAUCCUCUGUGGUUCGCGUUGGCAAGUCUUCAUUGAUCGCGAAAAAAAGUUUUUGUCGUCGCUCGUGGAUGCCGGCGCCAAACUCGUAUUUUUCAUCGAAGCUCCUACGAAAGACAACACUCGCGAAUCAUGGUUCAUCCGCAAGACAAACCAAUACGAAGACUACUGCAAAGCUGUAUGGGCUGUCAAACAAAGGGAUGAAAAUUGGUUGAUCGAGUUGCAGCACGAAGAACGCCUUCGAACGCCUACGGUUCAUGGUCCGUUUUAUCGGCAACACUUGAAAUCGCUUGGAAAAUGGAAAAAUUGCUACGAAGAUGUCGAUUUGGAGAUUGCAAGAUAUGCAAAGGAAAAUGAAGCUUUUGCUGUUUUUACGGAUGACUCGGAUUUUCUCAUAUUUGAGGGGGAUUUCCGCAUGAUGAGUUACAAACAAAUCGAUUAUGGGACAUUUGAGACGACGGAAAUUUGGAAAGACCAGUUGCGAGAACAUUUUGGCUUGAAAUCGUAUCAAAUGGCUUUAUUUUCGACUUUUUGCGGCAAUGAUGUCGUUGACAGGAUGCAAGAUUUAAAAAGAUUUCAUUGGAAUCUUGGAAGAGACUCAAAAUUUUCUAAAAUCGCUCAAAAAGUAAAAGAAAUCAUGCCGAAUCAUCAAACUGAUCGAUCUGAAGUCAUCAAAAAAGCUGCAAAUCUCAUCGGGGUCUCAACGGAAAAAAUUUCCGCAAGCUUGAAACAAUACGAUUUGACAUCAAAUUUGUCUCCAACCAUCAAAGAAACUGGAUUUCUCAAGAAAUUACUCGAUCACGACGAGCCCAUCAUGUACAUCGCUCUCAAAGGCUACCCAAAACGAAUUUCUCCCUAUUUCGAGGACAUCGCCAACCCCUGCUUCAAAAAAUCCCAAGUCGACUUGUGCAUUUGGCUCUACCGCUGCAUCCUCGGAAUACUUUCGCAACCCGAAGUAGAAAUGGCAACUUCCCAUCCUGUCUUCACAAUUUCCGAGGGAAAAUAUCGCGAAAUCCAAGUUGAACCGGAAAUGCCUCCAAUUGAAAUCCCCGAUUUGCAUGACUUGAUUUUCCGUCGUGAUGCGUACGAAACAACUCGUCGCGAGCUGAUUAAAUGGACAUUGCAAGAUCCAGCCUUGAAAAUUGACGAAUUGAUGGAAAUUGAGCAAGCGGAAUUGAUUCCUGUCAUUUUGACGUUGAAUUUUUUGGUGAAACAGGCAAAAGUUCCCACAAAAAUUGCGGAUUUGCUGCUUUUGAUGUUCAAAAAAGUGGCGGAUUCUGAUUUUCCGAAGAAAAUUUCGUGUCCUGAGUUGAGAGAUUUUAGUUUUGAGGAUUUUCAGGCUACUUGGCUUUACAUCAUAACGCAGGCAACGAUGAUCGAGUUCGUGGAAUGUAUUGGAAUGAAGCGAUGGAAGCGUUAUUUGUGCUUUGAUGGAGUUCUUUUUCAACAUUUGUGUGUCUUAUUCGCUGAUUUUAACGAUUUUGAGCGAAAAACGGAAUUACUUCCCAUCGAGAAUUUACGGAAAUUUUAUAUUUCUUAAUUUUUUAUUAAUUAAUUGACGAUUAAUUUCUUUUUUUGUGUACUUUUACCUUCUAAAAGGUCAACUUUUCAUGUUUCUUCAUUCAUAAGACGUAAAACGUAAAAAAAAUAAAUUUAUGUUAAUC